AUGACAUUGAUUGUAUCCAUUUAUGUGAAUGACAUUGUUUACACAGGAAGCAAAGCUAAGAUGUUACAAGAGUUUAACGAAGACAUGAUGAUGAAGUAUGAGAUGAUAGACUUGGGUCUUCUACACCAUUUUCUAGGAAUGGGGGUCAUUCAAACUAACACAUGCAUUUUCAUUCAUCAGAAGAAGUAUGCCUCUUCUUUGUUGAAUAAGUUUGGCUUAAAUGAGUCCAAAUCAGUGACUACACCUCUUGUUGCAACUGAAAAAUUGAGUAAGGAUGAUGGAAGUGGAUUUGCAAAUGAAGAGCAAUAUAGAAGUGUUGUGGGAAGCUUGUUGUAUCUCACUGCUACUAGACCUGAUAUCAUUUAUGCAUCUAGUUUACUUGCUAGAUUCGUGCAUCCCACCAACAAUCAUUAUGGAAUUGCUAAGAGAGUACUUAGAUACAUAAAGGGAACACUGGAUUAUGGUUUGAAGUAUGUGAAAGGAAAUAAUGCAGUCUUAAUUGGAUUUUAUGACAGUGAUCGAUGGGGGGAUAAAUUGAAGACAGUAAUAGUACCUCAUGCUAUGCCUUUUCUUUUGGAAAUGGGGUGUUCUCAUGGGCAUCAAAAGCUAUAG